AUGUAGAGAUAAUUAAGAAAUAAACAAAUAGGUAUAGUCACAAAAAUUGCUAUAGCUGUGCAUACUAUUUUGUUAUUUUUAUUGGUUGUCUCAGUUUGUUUGAAAUUAAGUCAAGAAUUAUUAAUGACAAUUUUAUUGGCAUAAGCUGUUUGGUAAUAAAUUAUUAUUGAGACCCAUCAUCUAAGAUUAAAUAGAUUUAAUUACUUAGAAGAAUAAGAAUAAAUAAGAAAGAGAUUUGGACUAUCAACCUAAAAACACUAAGAAUCCUCUUUGUGGUAUCAUUAUUAAUAUUCUUUAGGUAUUAUAGAAGAAAACUCUUAUUACCAACAGUUGUUAUGAUUAUUUUCUUCUUUACUAAUUAAUCUUAUGAGGAUUUGUACUAUUGUUUUAUUUCUGUACAUGGACUCUUAUAAAUUUAUUAAGGUUCUACUAUUCUUAUAGUUGGAAUCAAAUAGCAUAUUGAAAAGAAUAAAGAUUAUUAUGGUGAUUUAGAAAGUGAGGGAUUAAUAAUGAAAAGGAAUAUGAUGUUAAGAAGAUCAGAAGUCAGAGCAUAAAAAUUAAAGACAUUGGUCAAUCUAUUAAAGAAGUUUUAUAUUACAAUAAACACAAUAUAUUUCUUUUUUAGUGUGUUUUAUGAAUUCUAUGCCAUCUUUCAUAAUUUACCACCUUUCGAUUUACUUUAAUUUAUUUGUAAUCAUUAUUAAAUACCUGUUUCAAUAUAUGCAUUAAUAAUAUGCUAAAUGCAUAUACUUUUAGUGAUAUUAUAUUUUGGAAAUGUAAUCAUUCAAAAGAAGGCAAAUAGAGUUAAACGACUCUAUGAGCAUGUAACAAAAGAAUAGGAAAAAUUAUAAGUAGAAGGAGGAAAGUAUUUAAGUGUAAUGAUCUAUUUAUCGCUUACUAUUAUUAUAUUUUUAUAUUAUAAUAGUAUGUAAGGAACCAUUGUAAAUAAAUUAAUGGAUAUGAAAAUAAAUUAGUACGGUUUGAUUGCAAUAUUAAUCAACUCAAUAAGAAUUUAUAUUGA